AUUAUUAAUAUUAGUCACACGCGGAUCCAUUCGUGGUUAUACUUUUGUCGGCUAGUGCAAAGUUUUUGUCGUUGUUCAGCUGUAAUAUCGAAUAAGAAAUAAAUAAAUUGUUAAACCAUGUCGACCGUAGCAAGUCCUUUGGCUGUUGGAGGUACACGAGAGCAUGGAGCUUCCGUACGAACACAGAAUGUCAUGGCAACUUGUGCGAUUGCUAAUAUAGUGAAGAGUUCCUUGGGUCCUGUUGGCUUAGACAAAAUGCUGGUGGAUGAUAUUGGUGAUGUCACAGUUACCAAUGAUGGAGCAACAAUCUUACGCUUACUUGAAGUUGAACAUCCAGCAGCUAGAGUCUUGGUUGAAUUAGCUCAACUACAGGAUGAUGAAGUUGGAGAUGGUACUACAUCAGUUGUAAUUAUUGCUGCUGAAUUACUAAAAAAUGGUGAUGAGCUUGUAAAACAAAAAAUUCAUCCAACAUCUAUAAUCAGUGGUUACAGGCUGGCUUGCAAAGAAGCCUGCAAAUAUAUUCAACAACAUUUAACAUUUAAUGUGGAUGAACUUGGUCGAGACUGCCUAGUUAAUGUGGCAAGGACGUCGAUGUACAGUAAAAUUAUUGGAGCUGAUACUGAUUUUUUCGGAAAUAUGGUUGUGGAUGCUGCUGAGGCGGUAAAGGUUGAAACUGGUAAAGGAUAUACAUAUCCUAUAAAGGCAAUUAAUAUUUUAAAAGCUCAUGGAAAGAGCGUUCGAGAAUCUGUAUUAGUGCAGGGCUAUGCACUGAAUUGUACUGUAGCGUCCCAAGCAAUGCCUAAAAGAGUAACGAACGCAAAAAUAGCGUGUCUACACUUUUCCUUACAAAAAACAAAAAUGAAAUUGGGUGUCGAAAUACUAAUCACAGAUCCCGAAAAACUUGAGGCAGUACGCCAACGCGAAGCAGAUAUUACAAAAGAACGUAUUCAGAAAAUUCUGACAGCGGGUGCAAACGUUGUUCUCGUGUCUGGAGGAAUUGAUGAUCUCUGUUUAAAGUAUUUCAUAGAAAACAAAACAAUGGCAGUUCGUAGAUGUAAAGAAAAGGAUUUGAAGAGAAUCGCGAUAGCUACAGGUGCACAAUUCCUCACGUCUUUGACUAACAUGGAGGGAGAAGAAAGUUUCGAUUCUAGUUUCCUUGGAGAGGCAGCUGAAGUAGUCCAAGAAAUGAUAUGCGAUGAUGAACUUAUUCUUAUUAAAGGACCAAAAGCAAAGACAGCCAGUUCUAUCAUAUUACGUGGACCAAAUGAUUAUUACUGCGAUGAAAUGGAACGAUCCGUGCAUGAUGCAUUGUGUGCAGUCAAACGAGUUAUGGAGAGCAAACAUGUUGUCGCUGGAGGUGGUUGCGUUGAGGCAGCGCUUUCUAUAUAUUUAGAAAAUUUUGCUACAUCUCUGAGUUCUGUAGAACAAUUAGCUAUUGCUGAAUUUGCGAGAUCACUGCUAGUUAUACCGAAAAUAUUAGCAGUUAACGCAGCGCAAGAUGCUACCGAUCUCGUGGCCAAAUUACGAGCUUACCACAAUUCCAGUCAAACAAGAGAAAAUGUUGCGGAAUUGAAAUGGACUGGUUUAGAUUUAUUCAAUGGUACCAUCAAAGAUAAUAAAAAAGCCGGUGUAUUGGAACCAGCUAUUUCGAAAAUAAAAUCUUUGAAAUAUGCCACGGAAGCAGCGAUAACUAUUCUCCGAAUUGACGAUAUGAUCAAAGUAGAUCCAGAUCGUUCAAAAGAUAAAUCGUAUCAUGAUGCAAUGGAAGCUGGUGAAUUGGAAGGAUAAAGUUAAAUUGCAUUUGCAUAAUCUAUCUUUUAUAUGGUUCGUUAUGGAGCAGAGAUUUAAAUUAUUCUGAACUACGAAUACCAUUUCAUAAUUCAACGAUAAAAAAAAUGUUACACUUUAAGUAAUUCACUCAUUAAUGUUAGUAUAUUACAUUUGUAUUACAUUUUAUGCUUCGUCUUAAAAAUGAAUCUACUGGUAACAAACAAAAUAAAAGCUCUUACAUAUAA